UCCUUAUAGUCAUUACUCAUUUCCAACACAACACAGAACGCAGAACGCACACACACACACUCUUCGUGGCUUCCGUCCUUUGAUAUCUUCUUCCAACUUCAGAUCUCUCUCUCUCUCUCUCUCUCUCUCAAAUGGCCUCCAUCACAGGAACCUCCUUGUCCAUGACCUCAUUCAAUCGAACACUGGUACCUGGUACUAGGAUCUCUAACCCAAAUUCAGUUUCCCUUUCAAUUAAGGGGAGAACUUUUCCAUCCAUUACAUUGCAGCCCAGAGUACCUCGUUUUCAAGUUACAUGUGCAGCCAAACCGGAAACGGUAGAGAAGGUUUGUCACAUAGUCAAGAAACAAUUGGCUCUACCAGAGGGUUCCAGUGUCACUGGAGAGUCCAAAUUUGCUGCCCUUGGAGCUGAUUCUCUCGACACGGUUGAGAUUGUGAUGGGACUUGAGGAGGAAUUUGGUAUUAGCGUGGAAGAAGAAAGCGCCCAGAGCAUUACCACUGUUCAAGAAGCAGCCGAUAUGAUUGAUAAGCUUCUUGAAAGCAAGAGUGCUUAAACAAGGAAAGAGGACAUACAUAUGCAUUUUGGCGUUUUUGCUAUUUUGGUGGAAGGAGGUUUUAGUUUUAUUUCGGUAUUUUGGUUUCAUUGUUCUUCAAGUAACUGCUUGAUGUUUUCUGAACUCCUCUAGGACUACUGUAAUACUAGUUUUUAUUUAUCUAUAACUUGUUUCUCUUACUUUACUGUUGAAUGAAAUUUAUCAUGUUAA